AUGCCCGGUAUUGGAAAGACAACUCUGGCUAGAAAAGUGUUCAACAAUCAAAAUGUAGAGUGUCAUUUUCAUCGCCGUGCAUGGUGUACUGUUUCACAAGCAUACUCGAAAAGGGAGUUGUUGCUUGAACUGAUAAGCCACAUAGAUGUCCGUACUGACGACAUCAAUAAACUGACUGAUGAUGACCUCAUGUCAAAGUUACGCCGGUGCUUGUUGAGAAACAAGUAUCUCAUUGCUAUGGAUGAUGUGUGGGAUACUUCGGCCUGGAAUGACUUGGAAAACUGUUUUCCGGAUGACAGCAACGGCAAUAGGAUUCUGAUAACCAGCCGUUACCAAGAUGUGGCUUCUAAAGUCAAACCCGGGAGUACUACGCAUUUCAUUCGUCCAUUUUCAGAUGAUGAAAGUUGGGAAUUGUUAAGAAACAAGAUAUUUAAAGGUGGGGACUGUCCCACUGAAUUGUUGGAAGUUGGAAUUGAGAUCUCUCAACGAUGUCGAGGAUUACCACUAGCAGUUGUCACAAUAGCUGGUCUUCUCCGGAUGUUAGAAAAGAACAAGGUUGCUUGGACAAAAGUCUUGAAAAGCUUAAGCUCAGAGAUAAUCAGCGAUGCAGAAAAUCCCUGCAAGGGAAUUUUUGAACUUAGCUAUGACAACUUACCUGAAUAUUUAAAAGCAUGCUUUAUAUAUUUGGGACUUUUUCUUGAGGACAAAGAUAUUCCAGUGAGCAAGUUGAUACGUUUCUGGAUGGCAGAAGGGUUCAUUCCGGAAACAAAGUCAAAGAGCUUGGAGGAGGUUGCAGAGGAUUACUUGAUGGAGCUGAUUAAUAGAAGUCUUGUGACCAUCUACAGAAAAAGAUCCAAUGGAAAGGUCAAAACAUGUCGUCUUCAUGAUCUUUUGCGAGAUAUGUGUCGUUUGAAAGCAAAGGACGAGAACUUUGAACAGUUCGUGACCAGGUGCGAUGAACCUUACGCAUCGUUCCCUGAUUUAGAAUAUGAUAUGGAGUUGGAUAGCAAGAAUCUCUUAGCUCCUAUACUGCUUGAAAGCUACAGAUUGAGCUUUUAUGUGAAAAGACGACAUUUUAUCAACUCAAGACCUUCCAGCCAAGUAGCACGGUCCCUGACAUUCUUUGCAUCUUCUGAUUCAGAGCCUAAAUGUCCUUACGACAUCUCCUUCAUUUGCCACAACUUUAAAUUACUUCGGUUUUUGGAUCUUGAAUCGAUCAUGGCAAUGAGCUUUCCAGCUGAAAUAGGACUAAUGGUUCAACUGAGAUAUUUAGCUGUCAGUGGUUAUAUGCAAUCUGUUCCUCCAUCAAUAUCCAACUUGUGGAAACUUGAAACGUUCCUUGUGAAGGGAUCACAAGGCAAGGUCAUCUUACCAGAAACUAUUUGGAACAUGAAAAGAUUGAGGCAUCUUCAUGUGAAUCAUCAUGUGCUUUUCAACUUGCAAGGUCUUGAUGGUGAUGUAGGAAGUUCUUAUUUGGAAAAUUUGGUUAGCUUUUCCACCCCAUCACUAUCCUGCAGGGAGGAUAGAUGGAGGAUAUUAAAGCGGUUGCCUAACCUCCGCAAAUUGAGGUGCAUAUUCUGGAAUUCAGCUGAACCUUCUGAAAAAUGUAGUGAGUUCAUAAGAUGGAACUUCUUAACUCAUUUGGAGUCACUAAAGAUUAUUUGCCAUGGUGGAGCUCCACAUUCCAGGGAUUUUCUCCUUCCACAGAGUCUUAAGAAACUGACUUUAUCAAACUUCAGGUUACAAGAGAAUCAUCUUACUGUGAUGGGGAAGCUGCCAAAUCUUAGAGUUCUGAAACUGCGCGCUGGAGCUUUUGAGGGGCAAAAAUGGGAAACAAGGGAAGAGGAAUUCGAGGGACUCGAAUUCUUGGAAUUAGACACCAUGAACCUUGUUGAAUGGGAUGCCUCUUAUGACCAUUUUCCAAGACUUGAAUGGCUUGUGAUACGCAAUUGUAAGGGUUUGAAAGCAAUUCCAUCUGACUUUGCUUAUAUUGCUGCACUGGAGAAGCUCGAAGUGCAUUGGUGUGGGCAGUCUGUGGAAGACUGCACUGAUGACAGUGAUGCUGGGAGGCCGGAACCAAAUUGCACCCUGUGUUACAAUGGCAAUGUGGAGUAUCAUCAAUGCUUCACAGUCUUCUCUGGAUCAUUUACAAUUGAAGUUGUUCAGAAAUUUAUAGCAUAUAUUACGUUCAUGAAGACACUAAGCUGGCAUUGUCCCGAAGAAUUGUGGGAAGUUGGAAUAAAGAUCGUUCAAGGAUUGCCACUCUCAGUUGUCAUGAUAGCUGGUCUCCUGAAGAUGUUAGAACAGAACAAGGAUACCUGUUCAAAAGUCUUGAAAAGCUUAAGCUCAGAGAUACCAGAAAAUCGCGAUCUCGGGAUGCCAGUGAUGACUUCCACAAACCAGAUCACGUCUUCAGUCAUCGAAUCAUUUGACUCAGGGUGGAGUUUUAAAUUGGUGAGGAAAACAGAGAAGGCCAUUGGAGUCAUAUUAUUGAUACAUGGUAGCAUGUCUCAUACGUGUUAUACUGACCAUUUAAAGAGUCUUGAGAAGUCACUCAGUGAGUUGAAAAGUUAUAUUGAUGAUGAGAAAGAGAAAUCAGAAGGGCGUAAGGAACAUGAUGAUUACUGUCGGUGGUUGGACACUCUGGCAGAGAAAAUCAAUCAGCUGGGUCAGGACUGGUUUUUCUUGCAGAUGCUUUGCUCUCUCUUAUUCUGUAGUUAUAAUGCAGAGGAGAUCAUGAAGGUUAACAGAUAUGAUCUCUGGAAUAUUUGUGUUGGCGUGGCGGAUGAAAUUCUCGGGCAUUUCGAUUCGUGUGAUGAUGAUAUUCGAGAAAAGAAGUUCAACCCGGAGAGGUCUCAAAAAGUGCUAAGUCUGUUUAGUGAAUCCCAAAGGAAGACUGAUGAGCUCAUAGAGACCAAGUUUCGAGGCGUCAUGAAGGACUUACAGGUAUCAGCUAUUCGUAUUGGCUGGUGGGAAGAAUUAGGCAGUGCUAGUUCUGUUCUUCUACCACAUAUCGAAGUAAAUCUGUGUUUCUUCAAUGACUUGGGUAGUGGCAGUGUUGUUGAAGAAAACAUGGUUUUCCUCUUCAGUGAGCUCAAAUCAAUCUGCAAAUACUUGACAAGCGUGGCUGAUACUUAUAUACAAGUUGUUAACAAGAGACUUUUCGAUGUUGAAUCUGUUGUCCUGCGGAUUGUAUGUCACUCUUGUAACUUGUGGUUCAAUCGAAAAGACCACCCUGAAACUGCAAAAGUUUCGGGCACUAAAAUCUUCAAUUUGCUUCUGGAGAUUGUUCCUACAAACCUAGAGUUCCUGAACUCAAUUCUCGCACCCCUGGAAUACAAGCGAGGAUUAAGUUUCUUUUUCGAUUAUCUUCUUGCUGAAUCUGAUGCAGAUCUUGGGAGUGUGAUAAAAUCCCUUGUUACCUUUUAUAUCGGGAAUAGUCGAGAGUUAUUGUCAGAGGGUGAGGAUGAAAUGCCCAAUAUCCGUAGGGAGUUAUUGUCAGUUCUAGCCGAGGCAGCGGGCUUUUCCCAUCCAAUCAUGCAACGAGAUUUCGAAAAAAGGGGGUCAUCAUUUCUUACACACGCAUUUAGGAAAAGCCCAAGUCCUCGAGCAUUGCCAUCUUGUUCCGAGUUACAAGCAAAGUCGUGUCUUCUCAAGGCUGAGCUUUGCCUCAAACAGCAACUCCACACUUCCGCCUCGAUGCUUUUCCCAGAUCCUCAUCCGAUUUCCAAAUUCGGUACGAUCCUCGAUGAACUGAGAGCAUUUACGAAAGAUUUUGGUGAGAAUGAGAAGACAGACUUUGUGAGGCAGAGUUUGGAACUUGCUGAAGAACUGGCAAAUGAGGUAGAAUCCCUUCACAAGUCACUUCUUUCCAAGGAGAAGUCUGAUUCUCUGGUAAAACACCCACUUUUAGUGUGCCUCUUCAGGAUCCUGUAUUUCAAGGCUGACUCAUUUUUAGCAGAUUUGUUGAAGAGUAGUGACUCUUCCAUAGCUCACCAGAGGGAACAAAUUCACUCCCUUGUUGAGGGGCUUACAUAUUUCAAAGGGUUGGUACAAACUAGGCUGGAAAGUUACCCGUCAGGUGGCGACAAAACAGUCAUCACAAAAAUUGAAGGUGUUGCUAGACGGAUAACACUUCUCUCUUACUCAUAUCUCACGGUCGACCAGGAGUUCGAGGAAAUUGUCCGUUCAUUGGAUCAAUUGUUGUACGAGGUGAACAAUAUCAAGGCCGAGCUCACAUGUAUACGUGAGCCUUUGGCCAAAUUCGGGUUCCCCAAGAACUUUAGAUCCGGAUUCUGGGAUUUCCUUUGCAGAAACAUAAGGGAGCUUCUGAUACAUGAUCCCGAGUCAAUCAGACCCGUCAAGCAUCACAUUGAGGAAGUUCUGUUGCAUCUAGAUUCCCUUAAAUCAGUCCUCCCAAAAAUAAAAGAUAUGGAUUUUGAGCUGGGAGGAGAAUCAAAGGAUUUUGGAAAUCACAUAUUAAAUAUAACAUAUAAACUGGAAUAUGUGGUUGACUCAAUUGAGGUUGAUGGUCAUGUGCAGUUGCAGCAAUCACUAUGGUUGCAGGAUUUGCUGAAUAAUAUUAAACUUGUUAAUCAACAGGUCAGGGGGAAGAUCAGUGAGAUGUCCUCUGCUAAUGGCAAUGUAGAAAAGUUCCCAAAGAGUUCGUCCUGGAUUGCACCAAGAGGCAAUACACCUGAACUCAACGAAAUACUGGUUGACCUUGUUGAUGAAGAAAAGGCAAUAGUGGAUCGCCUCACCAGAGGGUCCUCACAACGAGAUGUGGUUUCGAUUGUUGGCAUGCCCGGUAUUGGUAAGUCAACUCUUGCUCGAAAAGUGUUCAAUAAUCCGAAUGUGAUGUGCGAUUUUGAUCGUCGUGCAUGGUGUUAUGUUUCACAAUCAUACUCAAAGAGGGAGUUAUUGCUUGAGCUAUUAAGUCAUAAUGAUGGGCUUACCAAAGACAUCAGCAGACUUACUGAUGAUGACCUCCUGUCUGAAUUACGUCGGUACCUGUUAAAAAGCAAGUAUUUGAUUGUUAUGGAUGACAUAUGGGACUCUGCACCCUGGAAUGACUUGGAAUAUAUUCUUCCAGAUGAUGGUAAUGGAAGUCGAAUUCUGAUAACCAGUCGUCACCAAGAUGUGGCGAUAAAUAUCAAAUCUGAUAGGAAACCACAUUGUCUUCGUCCAUUUUCGGACGAUGAAAGUUGGAAAUUGUUAAAAAACAAGACCUUUAAAGGUGCGGAUUGUCCAGAUGAAUUGUUGGAACUUGGAAGGGAAAUUGCUCGACAAUGUCAAGGAUUACCACUCGCAGUUGUCACCAUAGCUUGUCUCCUUCAAAAGCUAGAAAACAACAAGGAUUCCUGGAUUGAAAUCUCGAAAAGCUUAAGCUCAGAGAUAAUUAGAGAUCCUGAAAAUCGCUGCAAGGAAAUUUUAGAAAUGAGCUAUAGGCACUUGCCUGAAUAUCUAAAAGCAUGUUUUAUAUAUUUGGGAGUUUUUCUUAAGGACAAAGAUAUUCCUGUGAGCAAGUUGAUUCGUUUCUGGAUAGCUGAAGGGUUCAUACAAGGCCCGUGGAAGAGCUUGGAGGAGGUUGCAGAGGAUUAUCUAACAGAGCUGAUUGACAGAAGUCUAGUGAACAUCCACAAAACAAGAUCCAAUGGACAGGUCAAAACUUGUCGUCUUCAUGAUCUAUUGCGUGAUCUGUGUCACUUGAAAGCAAAGGACGAGAACUUCCAGCAUUUUGUGAGCAGAAAUGAUGCACCAUAUGCAUCUUUCCCUGAUACAGAAUAUGAUAUGGAGUUUGAUGGUAAGGAUCUUUCAUCACCUGUAAGACUUGAAAGCUACAGAGUGAGUUUUAACGUGAAGCGACGGCAUUUCAUCAAUUCAAGACCUUCAGGACUGGUUACACGGUCCUUGACAUUCUUCCCGUCUUCUGAUUCGGAGCCUAAAUGUCCUUAUGACAUCUCAUUCAUCUGCCACAACUUCAAAUUGCUUCGCGUUUUGGAUCUCGAAUCUAUCAUGGCAAUCAGCUUUCCCUUGGAAAUCGGACUAAUGGUUCAGCUAAGAUAUUUAGCUGUCAGCGGUUAUAUGCAAUCUAUUCCACCAUCAAUUUCCAAAUUGUGGAAACUUGAGACCUUUGUUGUGAAGGGAUUGCAAGGCAAGGUCAUUUUACCAGAAACUAUUUGGAUUAUCACAAGAUUGAGGCAUCUUCAUGUGAAUAGUCAUGUUCUUAUCAACUUGCAGAGUCCCGAUGAAGUUGUAAGUAGUUAUUCUCAGUUGGAAAAUCUAGUCAGCUUUUCCACACCAUCGCUGUCCUGCAGGGAUAAUAGAUGGCAAAUAUUGAAGAGGCUGCCUAACCUCCGGAAACUGAGGUGUAUAUUCUGGCAGUCAGGGGACUCUGAAGAAAGUUGUCAUGAGUUCAUAAGAUGGAACUUCUUGACUCUUUUGGAGACACUAAAGAUUAUUUGCUUAGGUGGAACACCAAAUUAUGCGGAUUUUCUCCUUCCACAAUGUCUCAAGAAACUGACUCUAUCGAACUUUUGCCUGCAAGAGAUUCAUCUUAAUGUGAUUGGGAAGCUACCAAAUCUCAGAGUUCUAAAACUGUGUGCCAGUGCCUUUGAGGGGCAGAAGUGGGAGAUGCAGGAAGAGGAAUUCAUGGAACUGAAGUUCUUGGAAUUGGACUCCAUGAGCCUUGUUAAAUGGGAAGCCUCUUAUGAUCACCUUCCCAGCCUAGAACAACUAGUGUUACGCAACUGCAAGGAUUUGGAGCGAAUUCCAUUCGAUUUCUCAGGUAUUGUGACACUGCAAAAGGUUGAAGUGCAUUGGUGCAGGCAGUCCGUGGAAGAGUCAGCCAAAGAUAUUGGUAAUGAAACACCAGAAAUAAAAGUCACUAUCAUUCGCUAA